AUGGGAGAUGACGGGACGGGUAGUUGGGUCAAUCCAGCCGCGGUCAUCAAGCGAAAGCGCAAGAAGACAACUAGGGCAUCAAUCACUUCGAAGACUUCAACGGAGGAAAAAGAAAACCUCCCGAAGAAGCCGCUAAAAACAUUCAACCCUUUCGCCAAGCUCAAGGAACAGACAAAUGAUCCAGCUAAUACGUCCUUGGGAUUUAGCUCCCUUACAGUCGAUUCCCAAACGGAUGAUUCACAGAAGGACGAGAAAGCAAAUGCUAGAGAUAAUGAGUUUCUAUCGGCGCUGGAAAACCACGGUAAUGUCACCGACCUGCCAAAUAUCGAGGACCGCUUCAAAUUUGAGAAUAUUCUGAACGGAAGCAAUGGCAGAAGCCUCCGAAAUCGAAGAAGAACCAUUGCCAACAUGAGAGAUCUUGAUGAUGACAGCGCUCGCGACGGAUUCACUGCCCAAAACAACCUCAAUCAAACCUGUAGCAUCCCGCUGGACUUCAGCAUCAAGUCGAAGAUGAAGAUCAAAUUUUCCGACACAAGCGCUCUCAGACGAAUUAAAAAGGAAGACUGGAACACUGCGAUUUCGGUGACACCUGCUGAUCCGACGAAGCUCUCGCAAAAGCUUGCUGCAGCUUGUCUGUACUCCGCUUGGCCCGCGACCAUUGGAAAGAAAUUCUACCCGAGGUACGCUACUGAUUUUGAACCAUCGAGCCACGGCCACCGAGCAGAGUACUGGACUCAAUUCGAAGAAACUAUCGACGCUGCCUUUGACGCGCUCAAGACCAAGUUCCUGCCGCUAUUCUACGUCUUCACUCGCAGCUACUCAAUCGUUUUCUACACUCACGAUGGCAGCUCAAAUCCGAACAACGAAGACAGCCAGUCUCAAUCUGCGCUUUAUCAAUUCACUCCAAAGCCGUUCCCUCUUUCUGCAUUUGAGCUGUAA